AUGGGCUCCUGGGCCAAGUCUGCAACAACAGAGAGUUCACGGUUGCUAACACUCGAUUUUCCUUUUUGUGUCGUAUUCGCUGGUCAGAAAAACGCUCUCCGCACGCUAGCAACGGAAUCUGCUGUUGUUGCCCCGGAAAAAAAGACGGGCGCCGGUUUGUGGCAACGAUUGACGAGUUUCAUUGUUGGUGCAGGAUUAACGGGUGUCUUUACGCAGUACUAUAUCUUCGAAGAAGUCAAGAACGGGAAUUUGCUCAUGCUAGCCAAGCAAAAAGAGCUGGAAACCCGAAUUGCUAAAUUGGAGAAGAAAUAG